UUCAAUUCCAAAUCCCUCUCUUCUACGUUUCUCUCUGACCGGGAAACAAAUCACUCAUUCCGAUCAAAACAUUUUUUUUUUCUUUUCAAAUUCGAUUUUCUUUUAAAGUCUUUCCGACGAAGAUUCAUGUCUCUUUGAUAGAUAGAGAAGGAAUCUGUGUUUCUGUGGGGUUUUGAGGCAACAGUAGGUGUUGAGACAGAGAUAGAGAGCUAUGUGGAGUUCAAUUGAGAAUUUUAAGGAGAACUUGCACAAGAUCGCGCUCGAUGUGCAUGAAGACGAUGACGAGGAAGACGAUCUCCAAAGCUACGGUUACGCCAAUGGCGUAUCGGAAUCUGAUCGGAGGAAGUCCAGUGGUUUUAGGUCCUCCAGGUCCGCGAUCUCCAAUGGAAUCGAAUCGCCUGCUCAUCAUGAGAUUGAGCGGUAUAAGGCAGAGAUUAAGAAGCUUCAGGAAUCUGAAGCAGAUAUCAAAGCCUUAUCAGUGAAUUAUGCAGCUCUCUUAAGAGAGAAAGAGGAUCAGAUUUCAAGAUUGAACCAGGACAAUGGUUCAUUGAAACAAUAUCUGACCUCAACUAGUGCCGCUCUUAAAGAGGCUAGAACUGACAUUUCCAGGGGAUCAAACAACUAUGCUAUCAAGGGAAACAAUGAUCAGUCACCCAAUAAUAGGCUACACAAAUCUGUGUCAUAUUUAAAAAGUCCAAAUCAUAUGUCAAAUGGAAAAGGGAAGGAUACCGAUUCGUAUAUAAAGGAAAAGGACCUUGCAGAUACGCUAGAAGAUAGAACCAAAUCAAUGGCAGCUGUUCAAGCUAUGGAGCUUGCCAAAGAGCGUGAAAAAUUAAGAGAUCUGCAGCUAUCUCUGCAGGAGGAGCGGAAAAGGAGUGAAUCUUUCAAGGAGGAACUCGAGUCAAUGAGGUUAGAUAAAAACAAAACCUUCAUGGAAAUUAGCAAAAUGCGUAGUGAAUUGGAUGCAAAAUUACUUGAAAUCAAACACUUGCAGAUGAAGUUGAAUGGUCGGGAAAGCCAUGCUAUUGGAAAUGCCAUGGAACAUCUAAAAGAAGUUAACAAAGCUCUGGAGAAUGAAAACAACGAGCUUAAGUUGAAACGAAGUGAGCUAGAAGCUGCUUUAGAAGAAAGCAGGAAGCCAACCAGUAGCAAAGUCUUCCCGGACGCCACAGAGACUCGGACUAGGCAUCCUAGUACUUUGGACAAGGAGAAGCCUGAAAGCUUUCCUGGAAAAGAAGAAAUGGAGCAAUCCCUGCAGAGGUUGGAAAUGGAUUUGAAGGAAACACGACGAGAAAGAGAUAAGGCACGGCAAGAAUUAAAACGGCUCAAACAGCACUUGCUAGAAAAGGAAACAGAGGAGUCUGAGAAAAUGGAUGAAGAUAGCCGACUGAUUGAAGAACUCCGCCAGACUAAUGAAUAUCAAAGGUCUCAGAUAUCACAGUUCGAGAAAAGUCUUAAGCAGGCCAUCGCGAAUCAGGAGGAUAACAGAUUGAGCAAUGACAACCAAAUCCGAAAGUUAAAGGAGACAGUUGAAGACCUAAAUCAAAAACUUACAAAUUGUUUGAGAACAAUCGAGUCCAAGAAUGUUGAAAUUUUAAAUCUUCAAACUGCUCUAGGCCAGUAUUACGCUGAAAUCGAAGCUAAGGAGCAUUUUGAACGAGAGCUCAUGAUGGCUAAAGACGAGUUGAUGAAGCUUUCUGCUCGUUUGAAAGAUUCUGAUGAGCGGUUAGAGUCAUCAAAUAAAGAAAAGGAAGAUGUCACAUCCAAAUUGUUGCAUGCGGAAAAAGUGGCAGCGGAAUGGAAAAACAGAGUAAGCAAGGUUGAAGAAGACAAUGCAAAAGUACGACGUGUUCUUGAGCAGAGCAUGACAAGGCUUAAUAGAAUGUCAAUGGAGUCGGAUUAUCUUGUUGAUAGGCGAAUUGUUAUCAAAUUGCUGGUUACAUACUUCCAGAAGAAUCAUAACAAAGAGGUUUUGGACCUCAUGGUUCGGAUGCUAGGAUUCUCAGAGGAAGAUAAAGAGCGGAUUGGAGCGGCACAAGGUGGUAAAGGUGUUGUUAGAGGCGUAUUGGGCUUUCCGGGUCGCUUUGUCGGCGGAAUUUUGGGUGGGAAAUCUGCAGAGUCACAUGCUAAUGCGGCUUCUGAUAACCAGUCUUUUGCGGAUCUAUGGGUUGAUUUCUUACUCAAAGACGCGGAAGAGCGAGAGAGAAGAGAAGCAGAAGAAGCAGCAGCGAAUAAAGCCAAGCAAGAUUCGGAGAGGACAAGACAAGAUGCGGCUUUGUAUGAUUCAGAGUUCUCUACUGUGCCUCUCAGAUCAUCUGAGAAUAAUCAACGACUCUCGAGAUAACUUCCUUAAAAGAUGGUACAUAGAUACAUUAUACAUACUUACAUUUAAAAUAGGAAUUCGAAUCUCUAUCGUCUCUUUUGUUGUAAUUAUGAUCUCACACCUUUGUUUGUUCGUUAAUUUUCUUUUGUUGAUGUACGCUGCUGACUUUUGAUGGAAAGUUUGAAUGAAAAAUUACAUCAGCUGGUACUGUGA